UAUAUUAAAAUAAUCGAUUUGUGACUUUUUACCUGCGCUGUUAAAUAUAUUUUUAUUUUUUUUGAUUUAUAUUUAACUUCCGUUGUGUGUUGGUUGAAAUUUAUUUGUAAAAAUGUGUAGAAGGUGGAAAACUGUAUGUAAGAUAAAAUUUCAUAAAAUACUUUUAAGUAUUUAAAAUGAUAAAUAAAUUAAUUAAAAAUAUCAAAGAAUCAAAAAUCAAAAAAUUAGGCAUCAUCGUGCGCAACAAGUUAAGAAGUUAUUGAUGCCAUCUUGGAUAUAAAAACAGAUUAGCGAUGCGUCAUGGAUAUCCUGAUUAUUUUUUGUGUACUUAUUGCAACGAUUUUAUACUACAAUACACUACAUGCAGGUUUUGUUUACGAUGACAGACGAGCUAUUUUAACGAACCCAGAUCUUUUGCCAAACUCUCCGUGGUUUCCAUUAUUAGAAAAUGAUUUUUGGGGAACACCACUACGUGAUAGCAUGUCUCAUGGAAGUUAUCGACCUUUAUGUGUUGCAACAUUUCGCCUUAAUCAUAUUUUUGGUGGAUUAAAUCCACGGGGCUAUCAUCUUGUUAAUGUUGCUCUUCAUGCAGCAUGUACUGGUCUUGUUGUGAGGGUAUCAAGAAAGGUAAUCCCAGAGAGAUGGUUAUCACAUGCAAUUACAGGUUUAUUAUUUGCUGUACAUCCAAUUCACAGUGAAGCUGUUGCUGGAAUUGUUGGACGAGCUGAUUUACUUGCAUGUUUUUUAACUCUUGGUGGUUUUUUAACUUACAUUGCUCAUUGUGAUCAAACAAGAUCUCCUCUAAUGCUCAUUAUUGCACUUGUAUCAUCAUUAUUAGCAGCACUAGCUAAAGAAACUGGAAUAUCAGCAUUGGCACUUUGUUUACUAUGGGAAUUUUGUCAUGGUGAAUCAAAUACACAAAAGGAACGAGAAAGAAAUUGGCCUCGUAAUAGAAGUGUUGGAAUACUUUGGGGUGGACUUAUACUGGUUAUUUGUGGACGUGUUAAAAUUGGUAAUGCAAGUCAACCAGAUUUUGCAAGUGCUGAUAAUCCAACAGCAAGACAUCCAUCAAGAUUAACACGUAUUUUAACAUUUCUUUAUUUACCAGCAGCAAGUUUAAGAAUGUUUUUAUGUCCAAGUACAUUGAGCUUUGAUUGGUCAAUGGAUACAGUACCACGUAUUAUUAGUAUAACAGAUCCAAGAAAUAUUGAAUCAAUAUGUUUAUAUCUUGGUCUUGCAAGUGCUGGAUUUUGGAUAAUUCAACAAUCACGUACUGAAAUAUUAAGUCGUAAUAGAUCUAUGGAAAAAACUGGCUCAUAUAUGCGUGCAUCAUCAAAAUGUUCUGUUUGUGAUAGUAAAAAAAGUGGUGGUUGUCAUACUGAAGGUUGUCGUGCAAUUAAUAAUAAUAAUAAUAAUGAUAGUACAGAUUGUUGUUGUUUAAUUAAACCAACAAUACAAGAAAAAAAUACAAUAACAACAUUUGGAAAAACAAAAUCAGUUAGCAUUGUUAUAAUAUCAUUGGGUUUUCUUGCACUUCCAUUUUUACCAGCAAGUAAUUUAUUUUUUUAUGUUGGUUUUGUUAUUGCUGAAAGAAUAUUAUAUUUACCAAGUGUUGGUGCAUGUUUAUCAAUUGGUGCAAGUGUUGCUGAAACUUAUCGUAUUGCUAAAAAUGGAUCUAAAACAUGUGGACGUUUAAUACUUAUUGCUACAGCAAUACUUUUAGCAUUUAUGGCUACUAAAACUUUAAGACGUAAUAUGGAUUGGCAUGAUGAGGAGAGUCUUUAUCGUUCAGCACUUCAUGUUAAUCCACCAAAAGCUUAUGGAAAUCUUGGUAGUAUUUUAAGCAGUCAAGGAAGAUUUGCUGAAGCUGAGGAAGCAUUUAUUCAAGCUUUACGAUAUCGACCAAAUAUGGCUGAUGUACACUACAAUUUAGGAGCUUUACAACAAGCAAGAAGAAACUAUGAUGAAGCCAUCCUGAGUUAUCAACGUGCAAUCAACUUUCGACCCUCACUCACCCAAGCAUAUGUUAAUCUUGGUGUAGUAUUAGCAUCAGUUAAUCGUAAAUUUGAGGCAAUAUCAAUAUUACGAACAGCAGUUACACUUGAAGGAGUAGGAUUAAAAGAUAAAAGAGUACAUGAAGCUGCUAAAAUUCAAGCACUUCUUCGUCUUGGUAGUUUGUUAGCUGAUAAUGGACAACUUGAUGAAGCAUUAACAACUUACAAAGAAGCUCUACGAAUAUUGCCUGAAUACUAUCCACCCCAGGCAGUAUAUGCAUUAUUGGGUGAAACACUAUCAAAGAUGCAACAAUAUGCUGAGGCUGAAAAAUGGUUUAAAGCGUGUCUCAAUCGAGAACCAAAUUACACUCUGGCUCAUAUAACUUAUGCCGAAUUACUUGCAAAAAAUACAAGCCGUAUAUUUGAAGCAGAAAAAUUGUUUAUAAAAGCUGCAAGUAUAGCACCAAAUGAUCCUGCUGUUCAUCAUCAUUAUGGUUUAUUUUUAAAAUCUCAAAAUCGUUUAAAUGAUGCUGCAGUUGCUGAAUUACGUGCUGCACAAUUAGCAAGAUCAGAAUAUUCAUUAUCAAUUGCUGCAGCAACAGCAUUACAACGUGCAAAACGUUUUAAUGAAGCUGAAAUUUGGUAUAAACAUGUUGUUAGUCUUCGUCCAAAUGAUCCAAUGAGUUAUACAAAUUUAGGUGGAAUAUUACGUAUUAAUGGUAAAUAUCGUCAAGCAAAUAGUGCAUAUCUUAAAGCACUUGAACUUCAACCAAAUGAUGCUUCCAUAAUUAUGAAUUUAUAUAAUUUAAAAUCACUUAUAACGUGACCUUCGAUGGGGGAUUAUUUGUCCCCCUUCAUCAGUACUCAUAUUUCGGAAGGGAGGUACAACCCAGUUGACCCGAUUUCAUUGGGUGAGCUUAUAAAUAGUCUCAUCUCUUCCUGGAAUCCGUUUAUCAAUCGGUUCGCAUUCUCUUUUUUAUUAAUAGUAUUAGUUUAUUGUCAAAAAACAAUAAAUCAUUGACAUACUUUCAGCUAUAUAAAAUAUAUUUGAAAUAAAAAUUAAAAACGAAAAAAAAAAAAUACAUUUUAGAUUAUUUUCUCUAACAUUUAACAAAAAAAAAAAAAGUAUGGUUCUAUUGAUAUAUAUUAAGCAGCCGAGCAGUCAGUCAAAGACUUGUUUUAAAAAAUAAAUUAUAGAUAAAAAACAGCGAAUUAUUAUAUAGUUUGUUUUUUUAAUUUAAUUUUUUUUACAACGAAUUUAAUUUAUAAAAUACAGUAUAGAUAAAAAAUUUAUUAAUAAGAAUUUUUUUAUAUUUUAUAAAAACAAGCUUAAAUUGUUAAUAAAGUUUUAAUUAUUUUUUAAAUUUUUUUUAUACUAGUAUUUUCUAUCAAGCUAAUUGAUACGAAAAAAAAAAAAAAAUGGAUUUGUUAAAAUAGUUUUGUUUUUUUCAAAUAUGGAAUUGAUUUAUAAUGAAUUGUUGUGGUAAAAACUUUAAAGAGUGAUAUAUAAACUUGAUUUUAAUUAAUAUGGCCGAUAAAUUUCGCUAUUGCUCAAACGAAAAAUAAAAAAUAUAUCGAAAUAUUCGAUAAUGAUCACAGGCCAUUGUAAAAUUUCGAGGCCACAAAAAAAUUUCAAUAAGUUUUAAUGAUAUUAGUAAAAUAUGUUUUUUUAUUUUUUAUAAUUACCUUGAGAAAAAUAAAGCUGAUUAAAUUAAAUCAGCUAAAUUUUUCCCCAGCCAAAUAAUUUAUUUAAUAACUUUUUUUCAAGUUAUUUAUUUAAUUCUACAUCUUCCAAAAAAAAUUUCAAUAAUUAAUAAAAACUACUUGUUUUUUUUUUCGCUGUUAAUAUAUAAUAUCCAGCGUUGCACUGCGAAAAUAAUAAAUUAUUUUAUAUAAAUAAUAAUUCAAAAUAAAAAAAAAAUAAAACAAUAAUAAUAUUAAUAAAAAAAAACAAUAUACAAAGACACAAAUAGACUUUUUCUUCGUGUUGAAAUAAUUAAAUUAAAAAUAAUAAAACGGAUACUUUUGUUAAUCAAAUUUUUGUAAUAUAAUGAUUGUUUUAAUAGUAAUUAUAAUCAACGGCAAUCAACAACAAAAAUAGCAAGCAUGAUAAUGAUGGAUUAUACUUGAAUUUAUGACCAUGUUUGCUAACUCUUCUAUCAAAAACUUAAUGAGUAUAUCAAACACAUUGAAUUAUAUAAAUAUAUUGUAUUAUUUUUACGAUGAUCAAUACGUUUAUUAACGUAGCAAUAAUAAUUUAGUCAAUUUUAAAUUGACUCAUUAUUAUUUAACAUGAAAAGAGUCAAUUGCUGGUUCUGCUGCUAAGGCUCAAAAAUAUAAAUAUAUUUAUUGUAUAUUAUGAACUUGAAAUGCAAUUGUAGAAUUAUAUACUUGAAACACGACAAUAGAUUGAAUGGAUUGAAUUAUUUGGUGACAUUCUUGUUAAUCUUUAAUCAACGUGUUUUAGUAUAAUUUGUGAUCCAAUAUUGACAACGUGAAAUAAAAAUAAAAAAUAAUUUUAAUAUGGA